GCUCGCCUUGCUUUUACCUGCCCGGGCGUGACGACCGCGGCGGCUAUGAGGGCAGCGAGCGGAGAGCAGCCGGCGCCGGCGGCCGAGGAGGCGGGCAGCGGUGUCGGCGGCGAGGUGGAGGGCAGCGCGCAGCCUUGGAAGAAAUCUGUGUAUGUUGAGCCAUCUAGGAGAGUUAAAGAAAUACUCCAAGAAGAGUUUAAUUUUCAGAAAGAAGCAUGCCACAUUAAACAUCCAUCUGCAGUGGCACUGGAAGGAAUUUGGAGUGUGAGAAAGAAUUUCUCCACUGGAAGCCUGAAACCUGUGUCACCGAACAGAAAUGGUUUACUUUUACAGCCUCAGUUCUACUCAAGGCAUGCCAGAAAGAAAAAUUGCUAAACUGUACUGCUGUGAAGACCUGAGCCUGUUGUGUCAAAUCAAACAUCAACAUUCCUUUAGAAGUUUAGAUUGAUAUCUCUAAGAUUCCAAAGAAAUUUCUGCUUGGGUAGGGAGCUAAUUCUUUUGUAGCUGCUUUACUCACUUUCUUGUUCUGUUAUGUUUUUUUUUUUUUUCAAUUGGAUGUUGUAGCCAAAUUUGAUCUGCAUUUCAGCCAAUGAUGAAGAUAUGCCAAUCUGAAGAUAAAAAAAUGUUCUUGCUGACAAAGAUGUGUUCCUGUGGAACUUGACAUUUUCAUAGAUUUCUCUGUUAGAAAGUGAUUCUCAGUUCCAGCAGAAGAUUGUAAUUGAAGAGAAGCCUUAAAAUGCCUUACACUGAGUCCACUCAUUAAACUGAGGUUGUAAGCCAA